ACCGACCAAGACCUUCCAUGGACACUGUUCGACAAGGGGGCCUAGGUACAGUACCGCUUAUCUGUUUCCUCCCUUGGACAACCUUUUAGCCACUCACACCCCUUGGACGAAAUCACAUCACAGCCACAGCCAGCACAAGCACAGCAAGACCCAACAGGACACAUCACAGGCACGAAAAAAGGCGGGGCAAUCCGCUUCAUACGGACGCCCUCAGCCGCCCUGAGCUGCCCAGCAUGGCGACCAGCAUCCUCUUCCCGCGCAGGCACUACUUCGAGAUAGACGACCAGCCAUGGUUCCCCGACUUCCUCCGCCAGAGGGUCCAGACGGGCCUCACGCUGGUCUGGAACCUGCGCGUGCCGGUGCUGCAGCCGGCGGCGCCCGCCCAGCUCGUGGCGCGCCUGCUGACGACGCACCUGGGCCCCGUGGGCGGCUACGCCUUUGUCGACUUUUGCGCCGGCGCCGGCGGGCCCACGCCCGAGAUUGAGCGCGCCGUCAACCGCCGCCGCGACCCGGCUGCGACGGCGCCGGCCCCCUUUGUGCUGACGGACCUGCACCCGCACGUGACCCAGUGGGCCCGCGCCGCCGCGGCCAGCCCGCACGUCUCGUACGUCCGCGAGCCCGUCGACGCCACCGCCGCGCCCAAGGCUCUGCUCGACCGCCUGCGCGGCCGCCCCGCCGCCGCCUCCUAUGCUGCCGUCGUCGCCGGCGAACCGGAGCCGGAGUUAGAGACGGAACGCUACAGCAACGGCGACGCCAAGAUGUCGGCGGCCGUGGACGCGGCCCUGCCGACCGGCAACGGCAACGGCAACGCACCACCGCCACCUGGCCAGCCGCGCAAGAUCUUCCGGCUCUUCAACCUGGCCUUCCACCACUUCAACGACCCGCUCGCGCGCGCCAUCCUCAAGGACACGGUCGAGACGAGCGACGGCUUCGGCAUCUUUGAGCUGCAGCACCGCACCGUCGACUCCUUCUUCUCGACGCUGCUGUUCGGCGUCGGCAUCCUGCUCUACACCCCAAUCUACGCCUUUCUGGAGCGCGACCUCGUCGCGCUGAUCUUCACGUACCUGCUGCCCGUCAUACCCUUCGUGCUCGUCGUCGACGGCUGGGUCUCGGGCCUGCGCACCCGCACCCCAGACGAGAUCGAGGCCCUGCUGAGGUCGUGCGGCGCCGAGGGCGGCGCCGACGCGUGGGAGCUGCGGAGCGGCAGCGAGAAGCACAUGUGGCCGUGCGGCCACCUGAACUGGGUCAUCUGCCUCAAGAAGAAGACGGUGUGAUUUUGCUUGGGGCUCAUUAAGAAGAGGAUGCGAUUGGUCGAAACCAAACAAAAAAGCCGUCCUGCCGAUAGAGAGUAUUACACUAACCAUAGACGUCAUUAUGAUAGAAAGAAUGCCUGUAUGCCAUCUGUGUUGCGUUGCUCACUUUGGCUCAGACUUAAUCCCCAUACUACGAUAGCAGAUUUAAUUAUAUAUCGUCAGCUGAGCAGAUUCUCUCAACAGAAACAUCUUCGUCCAUCGAAUUCAACAUGAUCACAAGGCUGAUUUUGCGACAACAAAAAACACAUCCA